AUGGCUAUUGAUAGUAUAUUGACUAUACCACCAGCGAUCCACAAAGUAAAUUAUGAGAAUAGAACGCAAUGUCAAACUGUACCAUACAGUCAAGGAUAUUCGAAUGAUCUCUCUUUCAGGUUUCCAUUUAUUACAGGGCCAUUAGAUAUUGGUAGGUUCCCUGAUAAUACAGCCGAUCUAAAUUUUCGAAAUGACAAACAUGUCUCCUUCAAAGAGGAUAUUAAAUGGAGCAAUCAUCAGUUGCUUGGUAGUAAUAAUUAUAGCAUUUCGCCCGACACAUAUAUGUACGAGAUUAUUGAACAAGAUGGAACCCAGACUACUAAUUUCUUCAGUAAUAUUAGUCAUAUUACACCAGUUACUACCCAAUCUACAGUUGGGAUCGACCAAAUGAAAGUAGAUCAUAGUUCCAAUGAGGGUGAAGAAAGUAAUGAAAAAGAAGCAAAGCCUAAGAGACUAACAGAUGAGUACAUUAGCAAUCUCGACGAACUUGUAACAAGUGUUAUAAAUGGUCUGUUAGAAUUACAAAAUGAGGACAAAAUUAAAGGGCUCGAGGAAAUUCCACAAGUUUUACGCGUCAAAUUGUCAUCGAUUUGGGAUAAAAUUAGAACCAUCCAAAGUAGUCUACAUGGGGCAUCUGCAUAUGUUGGGAAAUGUUCUAAUGCUCCAUUAGUAGAUCAGACAAGAAGUCAAAGCCUUCACCAUUUCAAGAGUUAUCGAGACCUAUUAGAGAAAUUAAAUAACCAAAAGGAGAUCGAUUUCUCUAUUUGGGUUACAUUAAAUACGGACUUCAAGGAAUCGACAGACUAUGUUCAAGUAGCGAAAAUAUCACCUAAUCGUUCUUCAACUAUAUCAAAAGAAAAUGAGGCGACAGCACCAAGAAACGAUAACGUAAACCAAUCUAACUCACCUCAACAAGCUUCAUCUUCGACAGUGAAAACAUUCACACAAUAUGAUAACCCUAAUUUGACUAUCAGAGAAACAUACGAAGUAUUUUUAAUUGGUGUUCAUUCAGAAACAAACCCUUUUGUUAAUUUUCAAGAUAGCAAAUAUAGACCAAAUGAUGAAUUAUCCCAAACAUAUAAAUCAUAUGGCAGAAAAUAUUUCUCUACCAGACAAUCUUAUGCAAUGGUAGACUACAUCAAAUAUUCCUUAAAACCAUCGAGACUAAUCGAAUAUGGUAAUAUGCAUCAAGAAUCCACAAGCAAAGAGAAUAAAAUGAACAUAUUUGUCAAAUUUUUGCUUUGGUAUAAAGAAAUGAGGUCCAGGCCUUCUUCCAACCAUUACGAUACAAGAGGUGUAUCUAGUCCUCCAGAUAGAAAUCUAUUUCUCUGUGCCUUUAAAAAUGGGAAAUUGGAUAUAUUUUCAGCACCAAAGAGUUCUAAAAUGUUCUUUACUAGAGGUGAUAUUGUGAUUGUUCAAGGUGACAAAGGGAAAGAUAUGGCGGUUGUAGUCGAACCUAUUCUACGAAAAAAUCUAGCGCUUUUAUUUCAAUUCUUAAAGAGAAAGAUACAAAUUGAUUCUUCUUCCCCAAUAGAUCAGAUACAUAGUAAUUCGACCUUUAUAAAUGACUUUAUGGAUACAAUCAACGAUAGUAGCAAUAACGUACUGAUUGAUACGUCUAGAUACGGUUUGAUUGACAUGACCAGAAAUAACUAUUUUACCAAAAAAAUCAUCAGAUUUGCCACUAAGAUAGAGGUCACUAAUGACCUACAUCUAAAAUAUCAGGACGAACUAAAGAUUCUACAUGUAAUAAAAACCAAAAUCGAUUCGUAUAACAAUUCCCCACAAAGGAGGUCUGCUGAAAGGCUGCAAAUUAAAAUCUUAAAUGCAGAAUUCCAAUUUGAUAUGUCGAAGGUGUACAUUUAUUACGCUGGGGACUACAACACAGAUUUUUCGGGGAUAACAUCUGAUUUGUUCAGAUUUUAUAAAACUAGGGUUUGGUUUAAUCCCAUACCCAACAAUCUUAACGUUGAGGAGAGAUACUUCAGAUCUACCAGUAACGAAUUGAGUAUGUUGCAAAACAUGAUCCAAGUGAAUAAGCUGCCAUAUAUUCAUUAUAAUAACAAUAUGCCAUCAUACGAUAAAAAAGAUAUCUCUAGGACUAGCGAUUUCAGUAAAGAAGAGCUUGCCAGCAUUCCAAUGAGUCAAAAAUGGAAAAAUGUAAAUGAUUUACAGGAUAUGGCUCUGGACAAUUAUCAGAUUAGUAUGUACCAAGAACUAGUAUCUCAAUUAUUUGAUUAG